GCUCUGUGUUUCUCUGCAGCCCCGAAGCUCACCAAUGUAGCAGGCGCCCCAAGCUCAGUCCUCAAGAAGCCAUGGCGAAGUCCAGGGGCCGUCUGUACCUUUGGAUGUGCUUGGCUGCUGCGCUGGCAUCUUUCCUGGUGGGAUUUAUGGUGGCCUGGUUUAUUAAGCCUCUCAAAGAAAUAACCACUUGUGUGCGCUAUCAUCAAAGUAUACGGUGGGAACUGGUAUCUGAAAUGAAAGCUGAAAACAUCAAAUCAUUUCUUCGUUCUUUUACAAAGCUUCCUCAUCUGGCAGGAACAGAACAAAAUUUCUUGCUUGCCAAGAAAAUUCAAACCCAGUGGAAGAAAUUUGGACUAGAUUCACCCAAGUUGGUUCAUUAUGAUGUCCUCUUAUCUUACCCCAAUGAGACAAAUGCCAGCUAUAUAUCGAUUGUGGAUGAACAUGAAACUGUGAUUUUCAAAACAUCAUACCUCGAACCACCACCAGAUGGCUAUGAGAAUGUUACAGAUAUUGUGCCACCAUAUAAUGCUUUCUCAGCCCAAGGCAUGCCAGAGGGAGAUCUUGUAUAUGUGAACUAUGCUCGCACUGAAGACUUUUUCAAACUAGAAAGAGAGAUGGGCAUCCACUGUACUGGGAAGAUUGUUAUUGCAAGAUAUAGAAAAAUCUUCAGAGGAAAUAAAGUUAAAAAUGCCAUGUUAGCAGUGGCCAUAGGAAUCAUCUUGUACUCAGAUCCAGCUGACUACUUUGCUCCUGAGGUACAGCCAUAUCCCAAAGGAUGGAAUCUUCCUGGAACUGCAGCCCAGAGAGGAAAUGUGUUAAAUUUGAAUGGUGCUGGUGACCCACUCACUCCAGGCUAUCCAGCAAAAGGUAUCUCUGGAGCUGUUUUGUGGACACCAGGAGCAUUACUUGACAAGCCCUGUGUUGGUCCCAGGGUACCCUGUGCACCUGGGUAAGGCUGGAACACAUUGGGAACAGGGACCCAACAUGCCCACUCUGGAACACUGUGGGACCUGGGGAAAUCGCCAACUGUUUGCUGUCCUGCCAUUGCUGUUCUACACAUCCCUGGAGUGUGUAGAGCAUCGGUUACAAUGUGGUAGUGUCUGGUCAGGACCAGAAAUGUCCAUUUUUGACCUGGAAGCAGCAGACACCCAAGGCUUAGGGUAGACGUGGGGGCUCCAUACCAUUCCCAGUGCUAACUUCCCAUGGCGGAAACAGGAAGGAAUGUCUGGCAACCCACCAAGGGUCAGAGGCUACAUCAGCC